CUGUGACGCAAUGUCCCAACUGUACAACAUGGCAGGGGCCCUGGGGGCUGAAGAAUGACACUUUCCUGCAUUGGGCUCAGUAAAAUCUGCUUCCUGCUGUCCGUGACCUUCUGUGCUUUCCUUCUCCUGCUAAUCCCCAAAUUCCAGACUACCUGGAGACAUAGGGGCUAUCCACAACCCCGUCCACCACAUCCUUUUAAUGCUUCCUGCAAAAGUGAGUUCCACCACCCGCAGGCAGAGCCCAGCUCAACAGGCCAUUUGGACAGUGAGGGAACUGAUAUUGCACACAGUGUGAAAGAUGAAACUGUAGAAAAAUGGGGGGAUUACAGCCUACGUGCUGGGGGAUCCAGCCUUAAACUUGAGGAGCAGGAUGGGAGCCCCACCAGUCCUCUUCAAACUAUGUUGAAGGACCACCAUGGACCUGCAGGUGAUUCCAUUAAGGAGAAUCUGGAGCUGAAGGAUAUUUUUAUUGCUGUGAAAACUACAAGAAAGUAUCAUAAAACUAGGCUGGACUUGCUCUUCCAAACCUGGAUUUCACAGGCCAAAAGACAGACGUUUAUAUUCACAGAUUGGGAGGACCGUGAACUGCGCCUAAGAGCAGGAGAUCACAUGAUCAACACCAACUGCUCUGCUGUUCACACCCGCCAGGCACUCUGCUGCAAGAUGUCUGUGGAAUACGAUAAAUUCCUCGAAUCUGGGAGAAAAUGGUUUUGCCAUGUGGAUGAUGACAACUAUGUGAAUCCACAGAAUCUCCUGCGCCUCUUGUCUGCCUUCUCACACAGCCAGGAUGUAUAUGUGGGGAGGCCAAGCCUGGACCACCCCAUUGAGGCAGCUGACCAUGUCCGGAGUGAUGGAUCAACAACUGUGAAGUUCUGGUUUGCCACAGGUGGAGCAGGGUUCUGUAUCAGCAGGGGCCUUGCCCUGAAGAUGAGUCCCUGGGCCAGCUUGGGUAACUUCAUCAGCACUGCAGAGAGGGUGCGUCUUCCUGAUGACUGCACCAUCGGUUACAUCAUCGAGGGGCUGCUGGAGGUGAAGCUGCUGCACAGCCCCUUGUUCCAUUCCCAUCUGGAGAAUCUGCAGAGACUACGAGGCGAGUCAGUGCUGCAGCAGGUCACCCUGAGUUAUGGGGGCCCUGAGAACAAACACAAUGUUGUGAGUGUGGCAGAAGUGUUUGGCUUGCAGCAAGAUCCAACCCGAUUCAGAUCUGUCCAUUGUCUUCUCUACCCUGACACUACCUGGUGUCCCACUAAAAAUAUACUGUGACCUCAGACCUAACCUUGACAUUUGGUAUCUUACCUGCACAAGAUUGGACAGGAUGCUUUUCUUGGAGAUGAACAAGAAAAAUCUA